GAAUCAAUAACCACAAUAACCGGCCACUCUGCAACCAACAGACAAAAAACGUAAAACAAGGGGAUAUCUUUUGUGAUCGCUUGCUCGAUUUCUCGCUUCUCGGAUUGGUUCUUUCCCCGGUCCCUUGCUAGGGCACAAUGGAGUGUGAAACAAUGCGAAGGAAUGAUUUCACUUGAAGAAUUUCAGCUUCGAUUUCUUCUGUAGAUAAAGUUGACAUUAUAUUCGAGUUUAUCGAUGGCAUCUUGGAAGGGAUUUUCAAGCGCAGCCAGCAACCAGAGGAACAGGGGCAGUGGAUCUAGUUUUCCCGUUAUGGCUCUCGUUUUCUGCUCUUGCAUCUGUUCUUUUAUAUUCUUAUUAGGCCGCGGCCUCUGCGCAUCUGCUGCAAUUGAUAAAAAUCAUUUUUCAUCUACUCCUGAUCACAUGGAACUCGAUUGGAGAGAGAGGCUAGCAUUGCAACAUAUUAAACCCGUAUUGACAAGAGAGGCACUUUCUAUAAUCCAGACCAGUAUACAUGAUUUAGGGCCACUAAGUGUUGAUUCUCUCAGAAAAAACAAUUUAUCAGCUUCAUGGAAGUUUUUUGGGCAAGCAGGCUCUGCCAAGAAUACAAGCACUUCUCCAGAGGGCAGGAUGAUAUCAACCAGAAAAACUUCUUUUAUGAUGCAAGAAACCUCAAGAAGGAAGGACAAGUCUCUACAUGAAUUUCAUUCUCAAUCUAUGGAUACACCUGAAAAAUUGGCCCGUAGACAAUUGAGACAGAAAAGACGUGAAAAACGUGCUGCGGAUUUGGUGAAACAGGAUGAUGAAGUUACUAUAAAGCUUGAAAAUGCAGCCAUUGAACGCACAAAGUCUGUUGACUCAGCAGUUUUGGGGAAGUACAGUAUAUGGAGGAGAGAAAAUGACAAUGAUAAUACUGAUUCAACAGUACGCUUGAUGCGAGAUCAAGUGAUCAUGGCUAGGGUGUAUUUAAGCAUUGCAGGGAUGAAGAAGAGGGCUGAUUUGGCAGCAGAGUUACUGCAACGGAUUAAAGAAAGCCAGCGUGCUCUGGGAGAAGCAAGUUCUGAUUCUGAUCUUCCUCGCAGUGCACAUGACAAAAUUAAGGCUAUGGGCCAAAUACUAUCCAAAUCAAGAGAACAACUCUAUGACUGUAAGCUGGUUACUGGAAAGCUAAGAGCAAUGUUGCAAACUGCGGAUGAGGAAGUUAGGAGUUUGAAGAGACAGAGCACAUUUUUAAGCCAAUUAGCUGCCAAGACAAUUCCAAAUGGGAUCCAUUGCUUAUCGAUGCGCCUAACAAUAGAUUAUUACCUUCUACAUCCAGAAAAAAGAAAAUUUCCGAGUUCGGAAAAUUUUGAAAAUCCACAUCUUUACCAUUAUGCGCUGUUUUCUGACAAUGUCUUGGCUGCUUCCGUUGUUGUCAAUUCCACUGUCAUGAAUGCUAAGGAGCCAGAGAAACAUGUGUUUCAUCUUGUUACAGAUAAGCUGAACUUUGGAGCUAUGAACAUGUGGUUCUUGUUGAACCCUCCUGGGAAAGCUACCAUACACGUGGAGAAUGUUGAUGAGUUUAAGUGGCUUAACUCUUCCUAUUGCGUCGUUCUCCGACAGCUAGAGUCUGCGGCAAUGAAGGAGUAUUAUUUCAAGUCUGCUCAUCCCACCACCCUAUCCGCUGGUUCCUCCAAUUUGAAGUACAGAAACCCAAAGUAUCUAUCAAUGCUUAAUCACCUUCGGUUUUAUCUUCCCGAGGUUUACCCCAAGUUGGAUAAAAUCCUCUUUCUAGAUGAUGACAUUGUUGUUCAGAAGGACUUGACCAGGUUGUGGUCGGUUAAUCUUCAUGGGAAAGUGAAUGGUGCAGUUGAAACUUGUGGGCAAAGCUUUCACCGUUUUGAUAAGUACUUGAAUUUCUCAAACCCUCACAUUGCCAGAAAUUUUGACCCCAAUGCUUGUGGGUGGGCUUAUGGGAUGAACAUGUUUGAUCUCAAGGAGUGGAAGAAGAAGGAUAUCACUGGAAUUUACCACAAAUGGCAAAAUAUGAAUGAAGAUAGAGCUCUUUGGAAGCUUGGGACUUUGCCUCCCGGGCUGAUAACUUUCUAUGGGCUCACACAUCCGCUUGAGAAGUCAUGGCAUGUCCUUGGGCUGGGUUAUAACCCCAGCAUUGACCGGGCAGAGAUUGAGAACGCCGCAGUCAUACACUAUAAUGGGAAUAUGAAACCUUGGCUAGAGUUGGCAAUGGCAAAGUACAAGCCUUUUUGGAGCAAGUAUAUAAAGUUUGAUCAUCCUUAUAUUCAGAGCUGUAAAGUAAGUGAAUAAUAAUAAAGUUGAAAUUCUUUCUGGUCCCACAAAUUAACUGUGCCACCAUUGGCUUGGGUUUAUUUUUGGAUGUCUGGAAUGGUUAGAGGUAAUGUAUUCUUUGAACAGCUUAACUCUGUAUUUUUUGCUAAAAUUUGGGUCUCCUGGGGUGGGGUUGAUGUACGUAUGACUUAAUCAUCACAUCUUUUUGUAAUAGAAAAAAGAGUGACCGUGCGAAUUGAUAAAUCUUUCUCAAGAACAAAUGUCCAAUGUUGAUCCACUCGUUUUUUACUUGAAUAUUGAUUAAGUA